AUGGCCUCGGCUCCACCACCGCUCCCCGACCUCGACCCGCUCGACAAGUUGUCGCCCUACCUCACCCGCAUCCUCGGCCAGAAUCCGGGCAAGUUCACUCUCCAGGGCACCAACUCGUACCUCGUCCACCACCCACGCUCGCCCUCGCUCCUCCUCGUCGACACGACCGGCCCCUCGUCCUCGUCCCCUCUCGCCCCCUCGGCCCUCACCACCUACACGGCGCACCUCGCCUCGGCCCUCGCGCAGCACCCGACCCAGCCCGCCCGCGUGACCGACGUCGUCCUCACCCACUGGCACGGCGACCACGUGCGCGCCCUCGCCCACACGCUCGAGGCCCUCGCACGCGCACGCGAGGGCGGCGCACCGCCGAGGGUGUGGAAGGUGCCCUGCGCGGCGGCGGGCGACGACGCCAAGGGCGUGUGGGCGUCCGAGCGCGGCAAGGACGCCGAGAUUGAGCAAGAGCUCGAGCGCGCCGUGCGCGAGGGGUGGGUCGAGCCGGCGCAGGGUGUGGCGCGCGAGGGCGAGGACGAGGGCGACGGCACGGGCGUCAGAGAUGGAGCGACGAGGGCGGUCAGGCCGCUCGUCGACGGGCAGCGGUUCGCGCUCGGCGGGGCAGAGCGCUCGGGCAGCACGGGCGCCGACGACGGCGACGACGGGCCCGUUCAGCUCGAGGUCGUGCACACGCCGGGCCACACGAGCGACUCGGUGUGCCUCGUCCUGCGGCGCUCGGACCCCUCCUCCUCGACCGCCGCCUCUCGCGCCUCGGCACCACCGCCGCUCGCGCUCCUCACGGCCGACACGAUCCUCGGGCACGGCUCGUCCGUGUUCGGGUCCCUGUCGGCCUACAUGUCGUCCCUCGCCGCCAUCUCGGCGCUCCUUCCCUCUCCCUCCCCCUCUUCCUCCUCCUCUCCCGGCGCCGACGAGCCCAGCUCGGCCCACAAGGUCCCGCUCUAUCCCGGUCACGGCGCACCGUGCGACGACGCGGCGAGCAAGGUGGCCGAGUACCGGCACCACCGCGAGGAGCGCGAGAAGCAGGUCGUCGACGCGCUCAGGGAGAGGGCCAAGGAGGACGACGAGGCGAUCUCGGCGGGAGACCUCACCUCGCUCAUCUACCCUCCCUCGCUCCCGCCCGCGCUCCGCCCAGCAGCGACCCACUCGCUCCUGCAGCACCUCGGCAAGCUGCACGAAGAAGGGCGCGUCGAGCGCGUGCCUGUUGCCGGCCGCGACGAGGUCGGCGAGGGCGAGGGCGAGGGAGGGCCGGCGAGGAAGGCGCCCGUGGGAUGGUUUGACGGGUGGCGCUCGGCUGGCGAGCGAGGCGAGGAGGCGAGGGUGGGCCGGGCAGACGAGGGGUCGGGUGCAGGUCAGGGCGGCGAGGAGGCGGCCGGAAGGUUGUAG